CCCAGACUCCAGGACCAGGACUUCUGGGCCAGCCUCCAUGGCCAAGUGCCGGGCUUGCUGGACUGGGACAUGAGCAAUGAGUGUUUCUUGUCCUUCACCACGUCGCACCUGCCCAAGUACAUACAGGAACUUGCCAAAUACAGACUCCAAAUAGUUAAACCACCAACAUUGCCUUUGGAAAAAAUACCCAACCCUGAUAAAGAUGGUCCAGACAUUAAGCCCAAUCUGUGGAUGUGGGUGAACCCAAACAUUGUGUAUCCCCCCGGCAAGCUGGAGGUCAGGAGACCUAAAAGGGUCUUGAAGGAGGAAGAAGCCAGCUGCUCCGAGGCUUCAGGGGCACAGCUGCAGCUGCCGUCUGCCAGCCAGCCAUCACCUCCUCACAAGCAGAAGAAGAAGCAGAAGCACACUGCCUCUUCUCCUAGCACCUGGGAGGAGCUUACAGAAGAGGAGGAGGCCAAGGACCAGGAUGACAGCUCCUCUGUGGCUCUCCCAUCCCUUCCCACAAGGGCCCCCCUCCAGAGUCGCAGGAGGCUUGGACAAGCUAUCAGCCCAGAGGGGAGGCUCUGGUUCCGUCCCCCUCUCAAUUACUUCCAUCUAAUUGCCCUGGCACUCAGAAACAGUGCCCCCUGUGGCAUCAACGUACAGCAGAUCUACAGCUUCAUUCGAAGGCACUUCCCCUUUUUCCGGACAGCUCCAGAAGGCUGGAAGAACACGAUCCGUCACAAUCUCUGUUUCCGAGACAGCUUUGAGAAAGUGCCGGUCGGUAUGCAGUGUGAGGCCCACACACGGCCUCGAUCCUGCCUCUGGAAGUUGACUGAGGAGGGACACCGCCGCUUUGCGGAGGAGACCCGAACCUUGGCUUUCACACGGCUGGAAAGUAUCCAACAGUGCAUGAGCCAGCCAGAUACGAUGCCCUUCCUCUUUGACCUCAAAGAAGAAUCAGCCAUGCCCUAUUAA